CCACCAGUCCAAUCAUCUCUGACCUCUCGACGAAUUAUCUGACGCACGGCGUCAAACGUCGCCAUGCCCGAUCUUGCGCGAGCAGUCUGGCUCCAAGCCAUGAUGACGCAUCGCAUCGUGACGGAGAAGCAGGGACGUGCUCUGCAUAAGGCAGCUGCGGGCGCGGCGCGAGUCGACUAUCGAGCCUCGCAAUACAACAACUUUGUGCAUGAGGCUUCCACUGCUAUCUCCGGUCUCGGCCUCGAAGUUCGCCGCAUUGUGGACGAGUGGACUGGCAAGCCUCUCCUGGCCAUCGUAAACACAAAGGGGGACGAGAUCGCUCAGCUGGCUACCACGUACUCACCUAAUGAAAUCGGAGUGGUUAAGCGACUGGCCGAAGUCAUCUUCACCGCUCAAGACGAGACGUUUAGUUGCACCAUGAUGCUCGCCCUCAAUGUUGCUACAAGGGACAAGACGUCCUCUAUGACCAAAAAGGCGGCGGAGGAGCUGGUACACAAUCUCGUACGGCAUCAGUGGUUGCGAAUGUCGCCAUCCGGACGUCUCUUCCUCACUCCACGCAGUCUACUCGAGCUCGAGCCAUGGUUGAAGGAGCAAUUCCCUGAGCAUGUCCUCGAGUGUGCCAAGUGCCAUGAUAUCGUGACGAAGGGUUCGGCAUGCUCCCGCUCCAACUGCUCAGGGCGGCUGCACCACUUCUGCGAGCGCGGCAUGCCAGGCAGCCACAACGGCACAGCCAAAUGCUACGUCUGCAAGGCCAACUGGGAGCCCCUGCCUGUUGGAGAGGAGAGUCUGGGUACGGGAAGAAGGCCGAGGGCUAGUCAGGCUACUCAAGCGCGCGAUGAUGAUGACGAUGAGGGGUUGGACAAUGAGGAGACAGAGGAAGACGCGGAGGAGGCCAUGACGAGUACAGAGCGAAGGAAGCGACAGAGGAGGAGCAACGGCAACACAGUAGCGGCCAAUGGGCGCCGUGGCAGCACGAGCAGCUUUGGUGUGGCAGCAGGACGUCGUCGUAGCAGUCAGUCAGGCCCGUCUGGUGCUGCCGCAAAAAGGCGCAGGUCUUCGCGGAGCAACGUAGUCGAGGAUGACGAGGGUGACGAGGGUGACGAGGAUGAGAAUGAGGACCAGGACGACGAGGUGGACAACUCAUUACCACCAGCCCGACGCUCCUCGUCAAGGCGAGCCAGUACGACUCGAGGACAAGGAAGGAACUUCAUUGAUGACGAUGCCCGAGACGACGACGAUGACGAUGAAGGCGAGGAGGAAGAAGGGGAAGACGAUGACGAUGAUUAGCAAGGGCACGGACGCGUCAGCGUUUCAUGCCGCUCACCAGCACUACCGCCAACAGCCGCCUCCACGUCACCUAUAUUCAGCGUUCCCUCAUUACGCGACCGCGAUCGACUAUCAAGCGACCCAUCAUACCUCUUCUCGCGAUUUCCUGUCAAUUUGAAACCAAUUACGCCUCCCUAAUCAU